AUGGGAGGGUGGCUCUUGCUUCACAGCUUCAUUCCUCGCGAAAUUGACUGUCUGUCGCGUGUAAAGCGCACGAAUAUGUCGGACGUCCGUGUGCGGCUGCUCUUUACUUCGUCUCCUGGCACCGCCGUCUCGGAGGCUCGGCUUCACGCGCCGCCUCCGGGAGUAAUGGCGUCGAGCUCCGCCAAGCCGCCGGAGGAGCAGGAGGCGCUGGCGCUGCUCUGCCGCAGUGUCACGACGACCUUGGAGCUGCGGAACAAGUCGGCUCAACUGGCAACUGAAAAUGCAGAGCUGGCGCGUAAACUGUUGGAGGCAGCUCGGACUGAGGCAACAUGUGUUGAAAAGGUAGAGGCACAGACUAAGAAGUUGGCCUUGCAGGUACGGCAGCUGGAGACCAAGUUGAAGGAGGUUUCGGAGGAGAAGAAGAAGCUACAGUUGGAGGAGGCCGAACAGUCAAAGCACGCAUUGGAGCAGCAGCUGCAGCAAUUGCAGCAACAGCACAGCUACGGUGCACACCAGGCUACUGCUGAUCCGCUUCAGCAGGUGGCCGAGGCGAUGUCCUUUGCCGCUGUUACCGGUGGCGUUGCUGGCCGUGAUGACAACCGGCCUGCGGGGCCUAUGGAGGUGGACGAGCAUCAGCCACGGGUAUCCGCUCCCACAUCUCCCCCGACCGCGGCAGCCGCACCACGACCCCUCAUCCUCCCCCGCCCCCUUCCCCCGGUGCUUCAUCUGGAUCCAGCCCAUUUGCUGGUGGAAGCGGAUCUGGAAGUGGGCCUCACGCGAAGCGACAUCGAGCUGGAGCUGCACAAGUUCAGCACGAACCUCGCACAUCUGUGCCACAACGAGCAAUUGCUGAACGUGGCGGACCAACUGAUCAACCUCACAAUCGAGGCUGCAUUACCCGACCACGCGGAGCGAGCAAUUCCAGGAGACGCGCUCCGAGCGCAGAGGCCCUCCUUCCUAGGCCACAUGUUGUUGUACUGGAUGACCGUGCACCUCUGGCCGGACCCACUCUCGUACUUCGGCUGCACCCCGCUGAAGCUGUUAGAUUCGCUGCCAGUGCCCUCCGGGCCUGAGGAGCGCAACCUGUUGGUCCUGCUACGCAGCCACGCGGCCCGUCGGUGGCUACCCACCAUGCGGCGAGUGGUGCACCUGGUUACUGAGGCGGAGGCUCGCAGGCAGGAGACGAGUGGGCGGUGCUUCGGCAGGGGCUGGUAUGCGGACCUGGAACACCAGAGCGUGAAGGAUGCCGGCGUCAAGGCCGUGCGGUCGAGCCUGAUUAGCAUGGUGAAAGCGCUGGCGAACUGGCUGGUGAAUUUUCCAGGCAUCGAAAGUGCUGUGAAGCACGAUGCGGCGCUCCAUGCUUUGCUGCUGCAUGCUCUGCAAGUGGGCCUUGUUGUACAAGCGGCACACCCGCUGUUACGGCUGUAUGUCGCCACGCCUCUGGUGGAAGAGCACAGGGCCGCCCACGCGGCCCUAGAUUGCGCCAGCCAGGGCGAGAGCCGCCGUGUGCGGCUGCAGCCCAAGUACACCUGGCACGGCAAAGGCAAGGCUGUUGGCGGUGGCGUGCUGUGCAGCGUGCAGCCCGGUGUACGGUACGACAUCAAGGAGGCGCAGGCGUGUGGGAUUGCCGUGCCUGCCAGAAGCGCGCAGCGGCAGGAGGGCGAGCUGAGUGGCGAUGGAGUGAGGGCAGGGGGUGCCGCCGUCGCCGGUGAUGGUGGUGGCGGAUCGGGUGAUCCGUGGGUGUUGCUGAAGGAGGAGGUGGUGACGGACCCCUCCGUCUGUACGACCCCUAAGCGCAGAUCGGUUGCCGACGUCCUGGGCAAUUCUUGCCCAGGACGUCCAGAAUUGCGACUGCGUUUUGUUACCACUGUCUUGUUAUUAUUGUUGUUUCGUUUUGUUACCACUGCCGUGUGGUACUACCGUUGCAUCUUUGUUCGACGCCGGCCCUUCGGUCUGCUGGCUGGCAGUUCAAGGCGCGCCAAAGUGCCCGUCCUUCAUGGACCAAUUGUUGUCCGUUCCCAGCCAGAGCGCAUUCGAGGAUCGUUCCAACUAUCUUAG